AUGUUCUUCGAAGGCAUUCUGUGGAGGAGUGUGGUCGGCGAGGUGUUAGUUAUUGUUAUUGUCUUAAAAGUCACACUCACCUUGGUGAACCUCAACAAGCAACGCCGGUAUAACGAGAGGGCGCUCUCGUUUUUCCCAGGCUUCAAGAAGCACUUUCUUCUUGGCGACCUCGAUAAGUUUAGAAACGAUGAAGCCAGUUUUCAGUGGACAACUAAUGCACUGAAGAACGUGAAAUAUGGCUUUCAGUUGUGGGCAGGGCCGUUCAUUGCAUGUUUGUCAUGUAUUCAUCCAGAUACAAUACGUCCGGUACUAGUAAGCACAGAACCGAAAGAUGAGUUCACAUACGGGAUGGUAAAACCAUGGUUGGGCGACGGAUUGUUGUUAAGUAAAGGAAAUAAAUGGUUCAGGAACAGACGUUUACUGACACCGGGAUUUCAUUUUGAUAUUCUCAGACCAUAUGUUGGAAUAUUUAAUGAUUGUACCAAUACAUUAAUUGAAAAAUGGAGUCAGCGCUGCCACACUGGUUCACUGGAAAUGUUUGAGCAUAUCAGUCUACUGACGCUCCAUAGCCUAAUCAAAUGCCUAUUUAGCCAGGAGAUUCACUGUCAAGUUGACGGGAAACGCAACAGUUAUGUAGAUUCUGUGAAGGAGUUGGCUCUCAUGGUCGACAGUCGUAUUCAGAACCCGUUAUACUACAGCAAUCUUAUAUACCACCUCACAUAUAGUGGUUAUAAAUGGAGGAAAGCAUUGAAUGUUGUACACACCUAUUCAAGAAAUGUAAUCCAACAACGCAAAGAGACCAUCAAGUUAAAAAGAGAGAAGACAGACUGUGAAAACAGAAGAUAUGUCGAUUUUUUGGAUAUUCUGUUGGCGGCAAGAGAUGAAAACGGUGAAGGGCUGACUGACCGGGAAAUCCGUGAUGAGGUUGAUACGUUUAUGUUUGAAGGUCACGACACAACGGCCAGUGGGCUGUCGUGGUGUCUUUACAAUCUUGCAAAGAACCCUGAACACCAGAAGACGUGUCAACAAGAAAUCGAUGCUUUAUUAGAGAAGAAAGGAGAAGACAAAAUUGAAUGGAACGAUUUAAAUCAUUUGAACUACGUUACAAUGUGUAUAAAGGAAAGCCUUCGUAUAACACCAGCAGUGCCGUUUGUUGGCAGAAAGUUGUCAAAAUCAAUGACAUUUCCUGAAUUAAAUGUCACCAUCCCAGAAGGCAUAUGGAUUGGUAUUGGGAUAAUGGGUCUCCAUGAAAAUCGAUUUAUAUGGGACAACCCGGAGGUGUAUGACCCGUUAAGAUUCACGCCAGAGAAUUGUCAAGGCAGAUCACCAUAUGCCUUUCUCCCGUUCUCUGCUGGGCCGAGAAACUGCAUCGGUCAAAACUUUGCUAUGUCCGAGAUGAAAACUGUAAUUGCUUUAUUGCUGAGAAAGUUUGAGUUCGUCAUAGAUGAGAGCGUUCCAGCAAGACGGCGCAUUGCCCUCGUGAUGCGAAGUGAGGGUGGGCUGCGAUUAUUUGUGAAGCCAAGACAUACAUCCGGGCAUUCAUCCUAG